GAGAGAGACAUUCUUUAUCUUUCAGAGGUUUUCUUUUGCUUGUUCCCAGAUUUUGGGUUGUGUGAGCACUUGCUGACUAACACCGGAAGGUGUGUGUGUAACACUCCGAGCUGUUUCAGUGCUCAGCCGGUUCAUCAGCACGAGGAAAGCACGCAGGAGAUUGUGGGCGGGGUUUCAGGGACUACAGGUGUCGCCGAUGUGGACGCACGUGACCGCAUGGACCAAUCCGGUUCAGAUUAUAUUCUCCCGCAUCAGUAGGCCGUCCGUUCACUGAUAUAUAACCUGACACACGGCUCGCUCUGGAGUAGAUCUGCGAGGCGGCGUGUAACGUUUUAAUAAGCGAGCCGGAAACAGAAAGCACGCGACUAUGAAGGCGAUCAGCCCGGUGCUGCCCAUGCGAAGGACUCACGUCAGCUCUCACGCGCCGGACCUCGGGAUCUGGAGAAGUAAGAGCGCGUGGGACGAGCCGCUCGGUGUGUUGUGCGAAAUGAACGACUGCUACAGCCGCCUGAAGGAGCUGGUGCCCAGCCUGCCGCAGGACCGGAGCGUCAGUAAGAUGGAGAUCCUGCAGCAUGUUAUCGAUUAUAUCCUGGACCUUCAGAUCGCGCUGGACUCCAGCGCUGUUAACGCGAGUCCACAAGCGCAGCGGUGUCCUGCUCAAGCAGGGGUUUCCUCUAGCAGCACUGAUUCUGAGAUCAGCUCCUUACAGAUAAAUCAUUUUGCAAGAGAAACGAUCACGGAUGAGCAGAUAACUAUCUGAAGAGGUGUUUCUUUGGAGCAAAAACAGGACCACCUUCUUUUUUUUUUUUUUUUUUUUUUUUUGUUGUUAUCCUUCCGUGUACUUUCGCCUGGACUGGACUUCGUCUUGACUGACACGGAUUUCCCUCAGAGAUAAACCAUUCUGUAUGUCUGAUUUAUAUUUAUCUGCAGGCCAUACACGACCUUUCUUCCAAAGGAAGACCUCGUUUCGGGACUGAGAGAACCAGUUGUUUAGAAAAGAAAAUGAACAGAAGUAGGGGGGAGAAACGCCUUUUGUGAAGGUGUCAAACUGCAGGCUCGGUGUGAUCUGAGAGCUCAGAUGAUCAGCAGCACUGAGGGACUAACGGAUCAUAUUUGGCAGUUACAUUUACAAUAACACUCAAAGCGUCGCCUUCAUUUCAGUGGGGUUUUUUUUUUUUUUUUUUAAAACUCAGUCUCUAGACCUUUUUAUUGAGAAGCCAUUCCUGAGCCAAUAGACCGUGAUUUCUCUGACCUAUUGCUCUACUCCAUUUAGACAUUAAGCUGAAGGCCUAGGUGUUUUUUUUUUUUUUUUUUAAUAUAUAUAUUCUACACCAUAUUGUGACAUUUAGAAAUAAGUUGGGUUUUAUCAUGCUAUUAAAAUAUUCUAUUAAUAUAGCCUUCCAAUGCCAUUAUUAUUGUACAUUCCAGCCAUUUACCCCCUAAUGGAUUAAUCCCUGAUACAGGAAUAAAUAUUAGGAUUUUUAUCAAUCCUUCCCAGCACUGAUGAUCCAUCCCCACAUGGGCAUGACAUGAACUGUGUGUGAAUGAAGGAAUGAAUGAAUGUUAAAGCAGGAAGAACAGUCAAGGUUCAUUGUGCCAUUCCUGUACAGUGCAUCAAUGUAUUUUUCUUUUAAUUCUGCUGGAAUGUGGUGUUAGUAAUGCCAAAUGACUUUUCUAUAAAUAAUGUAAAUUGCACUUUUUUAUGAAAUAAAUUACGUAGACUUAAAAGGAACAUGUUUUUAUACUGAUUAAAAAGCAUACAACUCUUUCA